UCUCCCUCCCGUCCUCUAGCUGGGCUAAGAGCUCGCGAGUCCCCCCCUCGAGUUCAGCUCCGGACUUCUCUUUUCCUAUCACUCUUCAUCCACCUAUAUCUUCACCGUCCCCAUCUCCCCACUGCAACCCAUCUUUCAUACCCACCACACUUUGUACUUUCUCUUGUCACUCCAUCAAUUUUUCAUACAUACCAAUUGAGGUUUCGCAAUGGCCACGCGAAAGAGAAAGCAGGACGAGGAGCUCGUCGCUUUGCCUAGCGAUGAGAGUGAGGAGGAAGAGGAGUACGUUGAUCCGCCUCCCAACACGCUUGAAUCCUUUGAUUUGCGUCGCGUAUUCCUUUUGCUUUCAUGAUGGGAAUGACUUUAAGAAGCAUCAAGUGGUGUUUAAUCCCUCUCCAGUUCUGUGGUCGGCGCAAUGCAUCAAUGUAUCAAUGCGCCGGUGUUGCAAAGAGCUCUGCACCCCCUUCGAGCAUACCAGAUCAUGGCUCAUUGAGUGUACGAGCUCCAAUGCAUCAUUGAUGCUAAUAUUUCUCCGCUAGGUACGAAGACUCCGAUAUAUCAGAGGGAGGAGCAGGUGCGGCUGAAUCGGACUCAGAGGAAGGGAGUGAGGAGGAUGAAGAAGACGAGGAUGCUGAGGAGAAUGGGAAAGCCGAAGAAGGUAUGCGCUUGCUUUUCUCCUAAGAUAGCAUCAACAGAUUUGUGGUCGCAUCAAUAGAUGUGGCGACCACAAAUCUCCACACUGACAACGCCAACAGCCCCCGAGCCCGCAAGGAAGAAACGCAAAACUGGCGAAAAAGGCAAACUCGGUCAUGUUGGUGGUAAAACCCAGACUGCUGCCGAACCACAAGUCGUAGAGCAGGACGACGAGGAAGAUUCUGCGACUGGUGAAGACGACGAAGAAGCCGAACCUGUAAAGAAACCCGAAGUCGUCAAGGGCAAAGCGGUCCCGGAGACAGCUGAGGAAUCUGACAAGGUCGUUGCUGCAGAAGAGGACGACGAUUAGAUGCGCUCAUUCAUCGUUGAGUUCAAUGCGCUUAACCGCGCAAAGCGCUGCGGAUAUAAAACCAUGAUGUGGUGAUGAACAGGAACAUUGGGAAUUGGGUAAUUCUUUCUUCGCGGGGUAUAAUGAAUUUAUUGAAAGGGAUAUUCGGAUCGCGAGGUGUUUUCAAAGAAGGAAUUUAUUUGGAUUGUAUGUAUACAAGCAAGGAAAAAAUUCAUCUUUUGGACGUUCGCGGUUGGCGGGGCCAAGUUGUCUUCUUUUGGAUUUUCAGCUUCUGUCUGUGCUGGCAUGGCAUUUUCUGGGGAUCGUGUACCCCGCGAUGGGCAAAUCAAAAGAUGACAUCUGUG